AAAGUAUUUUAUUUUUGAAACAUCAUUUUUGUUCCAUCCCCAUCCUGGAUCUACAUGUUUCUGGUUCUAUACUAACCAUAAAGUUUCUAAUUGUGUCCGCGCUUCAAAUAAUAAGUGAUAUAGACUGAAUUAAUUGUGGGUUUUAGUGCGAGUUGGCUUGCAGUUGAAAGUUGACACCCGAAAGCGGAACCCUAGAAACCUUAUUCCCUCGGUGUUCAUCUGCAAAAUUGCAGGUAAUCUGAGGGGAAAUCAAUUUCAAUUUCCCUAAACUGAAGAAGAAGAAGCUGAGCGAGAGAGACCUUCCUUGCAGUUAUUAUCAAAUCAUGUGGACGAAUGUUUUUAGACUCGGAGGUCUCAGUCAAGUGUCAUGGUUCCAGUUUCUUCCGGUUGAAUCUGAUUUAAAUUCGCUCCCUGAUAAAAGAAUAAAAGUAGAGCAGAAAGAUGCUGCUACAUUGUUAGUUCUCUCAUCCCAUCUGCAGCUACAGAAGGAGGGAUUUCUUAGUGCAUGGACCAAUUCCUUUGUCGGUCCCUGGGAUCCAUCUCAAGGUCUGCAUAAUCCAGAUGAGAAAAUUAAGCUAUGGCUUUUCAUUCCAGGACGUCAUGCAUCUGUUGUGGACUCUGCACAAUCUGCAGUGUCCAGGUUAAGAGUUGUUGCUUCUGGACUUUGGUUGGCUCCUGGUGAUUCAGAAGAGGUUGCUGCUGCCCUUUCUCAGGCUUUAAGGAAUCGUAUUGAAAGGGCACUUUUGGGACUCUCCUACAUGAGAUUUGGUGAUGUAUUUUCAAGGUUUCAUCCUCCACAAAUUGAAGAAUCUAUCAGGAGAGCACAGCCUACAAUUGAGUUCAUCUUUGCUGCUACAGAAGAAUCUAUUUUUGUACAUGCUAUAAUAUCCUCAAAGUUCGUGAAAUUUGGAAUCUUACGCUUCUAG